AUGAACAGCCUCUGGAUGGGCAACAAUGAUGGGAAUGAUGAUCAUCUCUCUAGAGAAGCUGCAAGUUAUGGUUUUGUGGAGCUGGUGGAUGAGACUUCAGUAGAGAGAUGCCUUCGCAAAGUGAAUGGAAAACCUUUACCUGGAGCCACUCCUCCUAAAAGGUUCAAGUUGAGUCGCGCCACUUAUGGGAGACAUGGAGAAAGCAGUUCUACUUUCUGCCUAUUUGUAUCGGAUCUCACACCAGACGUGGAUGACGGCAUGUUGUACGAGUUCUUUCAUUAUCGUUUUUCAUCCUGCUGCAGUGGGAAGAUCGUUCUGUACAACAAUGGCUACUCAAAGUGCUGUGGGUUUGUGAGCUUUGAGAGUGAAAGAGAUCAGAGGCGGGCCUUGGCGGAACUCCAGGGUGCUAUUGGACUUGGGAAAAAAACAUUACGCCUGAGUCUGGCAACAAACAAACUAAAAAAGAAAGAAUCAACAGAAAGUCAAAAUUGGAAGUAUCAUGCAGGAAGCUACAUCAGCCAUAACUUAUAUCUGAACCAGUGUUGUUAUGCACAGUACCCUGACCAUUCUACAUCAUUGGAGCUAUUUGUCUUACUUUACUGUGACAACUGCAUGUUGUUUCUCUGUGUUUCAGAUCCAGACUCUGAACUCAAUGUGACAGAGGUAAAUCAGAGAUUUAUGGAGCAGAGUGAAGAAUUUUACAGUGCUUUGAUCGGAUGCUUUUUCCAGCCUCCUGAGUCGUGGGACGGGGUCCCGUGUAGUGUUAUGUGUUACCUACCUGAGCCAAUUUACCAUUACGAGGAGAUUAACUAGUGAAGACAUACAUUUGUUUUCAUGUAGUAUUUGUUUAUUGCCUAUUGCAACGUAUUCUUAAAGUAAUUGAAUGUGCAGGGUAACUAAUACACAAAUAUUAAAACACAAGUUAAAGAAUGCAGCAGUAAUAUUAGUUAUUUGUUAUAGUGCUGUUUAAGUGGAUAAAACAAUUAUGUUUUUUUAAGUAUAUUUUCUCUUGUGUUGUAUGAAGCACACAGUAAAGGUAAAUUGAGGUUUAGGUUCAAACAGCAGGUUCUGUCUUUUUUGCAAAUGAACUGGGUAGAAAUAUAACUUUAUUUGUUUUAAAUUGUUCAAAAUUAUUAUUACAUUUCUUUAACAAAUUGCGAUUGAAGAUAGGCAUUAACCUUUAGUAAAUUUUGUUAUCUCAUCCACCUCUUGAGUUCGAAGUAUACCCUAUGAUAGCCUAUAAAAAUAUAUGAGCUGUUUAUUUCUAUUUUAAAUAAAGUUUCCAAAAGCGGAUUUUUUUUUCAUUCACAACUUUCUCUUUAUUCACAAUAGCAUUUUUGGUGAAUUUUCUAUUUGUUUGCUAAAGUUACAUUUUAGUAUACUCUGUUGUGGUACUUUGUCAUACGUCAGGCUCAGACCGAUCGGAGUGUGACAUCACAGUACCGCGAGAGCGAUUCAAAAGCAAGGAGCUGUCGGCUCUCGACUGUCUCUCGCGGUACUGUGUUGUCACACUCCGAUCCGUCUGAGCAGAACCGCAUCCGCAUCAUCAAGUCGAAUAGCCGUAGGCUGUCAGCCUCAGUGGCGAUCCGUGACUCCUCUUCAGGGGAAGCAGUAAUGCGAAGCUCAGCAAAACAUGCAUUUAGCCCGUCAUGUCAA